CAGGCAUGGUCAAGGUUCCUGUCAUCCGUCCUUUGGGGUGGAGUUGGCCAGCUCAUCACCUGUUUUCAAUCUCCGGGGCUCCACCUAGAGGGUUUUUAAGCCAGCACUGCCUGCCACUCCUCGCCAGUUCGUCCUGCUACCAUCUGUGAUUCAUCACCCGUCGCACUCACCAGUAGUGCUGGUUCCGUCUCCAUCCUGUUUUUCCGUCUCCUCGGAACCCAAGGACCACAUACACAACUUCUCCUCAGCCUGCCCUUCAGUCCAUACUCUCCACCUCCUUGGAAUCUGGACCGGACUCUCCACACUCUCGAUCCUCUCUGGAAUGCUCCCAUGGCAGCCUUUUCCCCCACUUAAUAACCAGGGUCUCCAAAAAGUUCCCGUUCGAGUUCUCCCUGUGCUCUACGCCUGUUUCCCCGCCCACGGAUUUCCCUUAGUUUCUGCGAAUGGUUUCUGUUAAACCCAGUUCUGUUCACGUUUUUGUUCCUUCUAAUAAAUUAUACAUAGUUCGAGUAAUUGAGUCUGCUUUUGAGUCCACCGCAUCCUUGUUUGUGACAGAACGAACUGGCCACUAAUGGACUCAGCGGACCCAAUUCGCGCCGCCAUAAAUAAACAUGUUAGGACGGCAUGAACAGACCUUGACGUCCUUAAUGGACCAAUGUAAUGCUAUCAGUGAAAAACGGGAAGAGUUACUUACCCGGUUUUCGGAACUCAGGGAGUCUAAUCCACCCGUUCUCCCCAGCCAGCCGGGACCGUUGCCUGCGCCCGCCGUUGCGCAUCCUGCGAUAGAAUCGGCUUAUCGGGGCAUCUCUUCCCCUCCCCUCCGAUUGCCUCGUGUUCCUAUGAGGACUUCCUCAAGGAAUUCAAGGCUACGUUCGCUCACCCGAUCUCUGAGGGUACUGCGGCUAAGAGGCUGUUGGGACUCCGUCAGGGAAAACGCAGCGUUGCAGAAUACGCGAUUGAGUUCCGCACUGCUGCUGUGGAAGCGGGUUGGCCAGACGCCGCGCUGCGGGGGAAUUUUCCUAGCGUCCCUUUCCGAACAGAUGAAGGAUCAGCUGGCUGUGCACGACGAGCUGGCCACGUUCGAAGCGCUCGCCUCUCUCGCUCUCAGGAUCGAUAGUCGACUGAGGGAAAGAGACGCUGAGAGGCGGUCCAAGCCCUCUCCGUCUCUGUUUCGACCCGUGGCCGUUUCGGCGUUACCCCCGUCGCUUCCGGUGACAUCAUCCGUCCGUCCUCGCUCUCCUUCCCCUGAGCCUAUGCAGAUCGGCCGCGCUCGGCUCACUCCUGAGGAGCGGGAGCGGCGUUUCCGAGCCGGAGAGUGCUUCUACUGCGGAGGAAGCGGCCAUCGCCUCACUGUUUGCCCGGUCCGGCCAAAAGGCGUGGCCCGCCGGUAAGUCCGGGGUUACGGGUGGGCAAUGUUUUUAAGAGUGAUAAACCCCGUUUUUUUGCUUUCGGUUUCGUUGAUGUCCGGUACUAAGGCUCAUUCUUUUCGUGCUCUCGUUGACUCCGGGUCAGAGCAAAAUUUGAUAGACGCUGCGGUUGCUAAAUCAUUGAAUUUGCCCCUCAUUCAGCUCGAGCCUCCGAUCCCGGCCGCCGCUUUGAAUAAUGAGGUAUUCGCGAUGAUCACCUGUCAAGUUAGUCACGUCAGGUAACCAUCAGGAGGACAUAACUCUUUUUUACCACCU